AUGUUGCCACCGUCAGACGAAUAUGCUGCAAGGACCCUGCAGCCCGCGGGGGCGCAUUGCCUUCUGCCCGCCCACAUCCCCUUCCUGCAGCCCCGGCCGGAGCAUCAUCAUCACCAGCAGCAUCAGCACCAGCAGCAGCAACACCACCACCACCACCACCACCCGUAUGGGCCCGGCGCUGAGAAGCACAAGGAGAACAUCUCCGAUGAAGACAGUUUGUCUGGUGAAAAGAGCAACUUGAAGACCACUGACACUCAAAUCAAGAGAAAGAAACGGCGGCACAGGACUGUGUUUACUGCUCAUCAAUUGGAGGAACUGGAGAAAGCUUUCAAUGAAGCUCAUUAUCCUGAUGUGUAUGCCAGAGAAAUGUUAGCCAUGAAAACAGAGCUUCCAGAGGACAGAAUACAGGUUUGGUUUCAAAACCGAAGAGCCAAGUGGCGGAAGCGUGAGAAGUGCUGGGGCCGCAGCAGUGUGAUGGCAGAAUAUGGUCUCUAUGGUGCCAUGGUGAGACACUCCAUCCCACUACCAGAAUCAAUUAUCAACUCUGCCAAAAGUGGGCUUGUUGGUUCCUGUGCUCCUUGGCUGCUCGGAAUGCAUAAAAAAUCAAUGGAUAUUCCAAGAAAGAUGGAAACAGAGGAAAAGGGAAGUACUGGCUGGAAAUCUGAAUACUCUGAAGAGGAAUUAAAAAUGAAGCACACAGAUCAGGAAAGAGGCUCUGCUGACAAUUUUAGCUCCAUGGACAAUUCUGAAGACAUUGCUAUGGAUCUCUCCAGCACUGCAAAGCAGGAGAAAAAGAGCAGCAUGUUGAGGGAGAGUCUUGCAGCAGGCCCGCAACUCAAAAUGAAGGACAAUGAGAACUGA